ACUGUCAUGGAAGCCCCCAUGCGUACAUCUGAACUGUAAUAGGGACUCAGUUCAUUUACUUGUUGUGUUUUCGUGGUUUUUAGAUAUGAGGUAUUUGCUCCGACUGGGCCAUUCGUUUGCCCGCCUUCAUGUCCGCCUCUGUCACCAGAGUGUGUACAGCAGCCACUCCACCCUACGAAGAGUGGGAGUGGACCUUGGAGAAAAGAGACUUGAGAUCUCUUCAGGGAAGUUUGCCAGGUUUGCUGAUGGAUCUGCUGUAGUACAGCUGGGGGACACCUCUGUGAUGGUGACUGCUGUGAGCAAAACCAAACCUUCUCCGUCUCAGUUCAUGCCCCUUGUGGUGGACUACAGACAGAAAGCAGCUGCUGCGGGUCGAAUCCCCACCAACUACUUGAGGCGAGAGCUGGGCACCACUGACAAUGAGAUCCUCACCAGCAGACUAAUAGACAGGUCCAUUAGACCACUUUUCCCUCCUGGUUACUUUUAUGACACUCAGAUCCUUUGUAACCUGCUGGCAGUUGAUGGUGUCAACGAUCCAGAUGUGCUGGCCAUUAAUGCAGCUUCUGCUGCUCUGGCACUGUCUGACAUUCCUUGGAAUGGACCCAUAGGUGCUGUGCGUGUGGGCCUGGUAGAUGGAGAGUUGCUGAUCAACCCCUCCAGGGCAGAGAUGUCUACCAGCAGUCUUAACCUGAUUGUGGCUGGAGCCCCCAGCAGUCAAGUGGUGAUGAUUGAGGCGUCAGCUGAGAACGUGCUGCAGCAGGACUUCUGCCAUGCGGUGAAGGUGGGAGUCAAACAUACCCAGCAGAUCAUACAGGCCAUCCAGCAGCUGGUGCGAGAACGGAAGGUCACCAAGCGCAACCCGGCCAAAGUCUUCUCAGCCCCAAAUGACAUGGUGGAACAUGUCCGGCAGUUAUCUUCUGAGAGGAUUUAUGCUGUUUUCACUGAUUACUCACACGAUAAGAUUUCUAGAGAUGAAGCUAUCAACAAAAUACGACUAGAAACAGAGGAGGACCUUAAAGAAAAAUUCCCCCAGGCUGAGCCCUUUGAAGUCAUUGAAUCCUUCAACACUGUGAGCAAAGACAUUUUCCGGAAUUUAGUGCUCAAUGAGUACAGGAGGUGUGACGGAAGGGAACUCACUGCUUUAAGGGACAUUUCUUGCAACGUAGACCUCUUUAAGCCACUCCAUGGCUCAGCUCUGUUUCAGAGAGGACAAACACAGGUGCUGUGCAGCAUCACAUUUGACUCCCUGGAAUCCAGUAUCAAAACAGAUAUUGUCACCACAGCUUUGAGUGGCGUCAAAGACAAAAACUUCAUGCUUCAUUAUGAAUUCCCUCCAUAUGCAACCAAUGAAAUUGGAAAGAUGGGAGGCCUCAACAGGAGAGAGCUUGGUCAUGGUGCCCUGGCUGAGAAGGCUUUGAGACCGAUCAUUCCUAAAGACUUCCCUUUCACUAUCAGGGUCACUGCUGAAGUGUUGGAGUCAAACGGAUCCUCCUCAAUGGCUUCAGCAUGCGGAGGCAGCCUUGCACUAAUGGAUGCAGGUGUGCCCAUCUCUUCUGCUGUGGCAGGUGUAGCCAUUGGCCUCAUCUCCAAGUCCAGCCCAGAAAAGCCUUCUGAAAUCCAAGACUACAGAUUACUAACUGAUAUUCUGGGAAUAGAGGAUUAUCUUGGAGACAUGGACUUCAAAAUGGCAGGAACAAACAAGGGGAUCACAGCUUUACAGGCUGAUGUGAAAAUACCAGGUUUGCCUCUGAAGGUGGUCAUGGAGGCUAUCCAACAGGCCACAGUGGCAAAGAGGGAAAUCUUGGGCAUCAUGAACAAAUGUAUAGUAAAACCUAGAGAGACUAGGAAAGAGAAUGGACCUGUUGUCGAAAAUGUCCGGGUGCCCAUCUCUAAACGAGCUCGCUUUGUUGGUCCAGGGGGCUAUAACCUUCGCAAGCUACAAGCUCAAACAGGCGUGACAAUAAGUCAGGUGGACGAAGAGACUUUCUCUGUGUUCGCUCCAUCACCAGGAGCCAUGAAUGAAGCUCAAGCCUUCAUCAGUGAGAUCUGCAAAGAUGAUCAAGAACAUCAGCUGGAGUUUGGUGCUGUCUACACAGCCACAAUCACUGAAAUAAGGGACAUUGGUGUGAUGGUGAAACUUUAUCCCAACAUGAGUGCUGUCCUGCUGCACAACUCACAGCUGGACCACAAACGGAUCAAACAUCCAAGUGCUCUGGGUUUAGAGGUGGGACAGCAGAUACAGGUCAAAUACUUUGGACGGGACCCAACGGACGGUAGAAUUAGGCUUUCACGCAAGGUGCUCCAGUCUCCUGCUGCAACUAUUGUCAAGACACUAAGUGAUAGGCAGAGCAUCUCCAUGGGUUCAAGCAACAGCCACACGUCCAGCACUGAUUUGUGACACGCCAACAUGACAGGCUUCUGGCUUUGAUCCUGAAGUGGAUUUAAACUUAAUAGAUUUUUCAACAAAACAAGUCCUGUUGGGAAAUCUACCAAACCAAGAGCGUCAGAUUUUGUCACAAACUGAACCAGUUUUGUACAUAAAGAAGGAUACCCUGCUGCUGUGGGUAUGGAUCUGAUAAAACUGCACUGGACUGAACUGCAUCUCAUCAAAUACAGUGUCCUGCUUGGAUUGUGCUUCAGUGGAUGUGAACAAACUGAGAAGAACCGUUGAAUAAUAAUAAGCAGAGGACACACAUUUUCAAAAAUUUGAAAUGUGUUGUAUUUUUCAGUGUCCCCUUUAAUGGUGUCUUGUUGUCAAAUUUGACACCUCAGCUCUCAUUGACAGCAUCUAGCUGUAAGAGGGUUAGAUUUUCUUUUAUCUUCCCUCAACACUCACUCAAUCAUCUAGCAGCUUUUACGCAAUAGACAUAGUACAGCCUAACAAUGGUUUUGUUAUUUGCAUAUGUAACAAUAUUUCCCCCUGUGGUAGGGGACUUAAAAAUUUGGUGUCAGCUCCAAGAUGCCAGUAUCGAGAUACAGAAAAAGCAAAGUGGGAGACAUGUCCAAUUAUUAUUUUUUAAAUAUUCACUUUAUAUGUUGUGUUUCAUUUACAGUAUGUGUGAGUUCAUAUGUAAAUAAAACAGUUACUGGAUGCUUUGUAGUGUGAAAAAGUGCACACAUAAGGAACGAGACAUAAUUCUGGCCCAAUACUCCAAUGCCAGAUACAAAAAAAAAAAACAACAAAAAACCAACAAACAACCCAGAAACAAACAGUAUAAAACCAAAAAUAGUAAAAGUACAUUUUUGCUCUUAGACCAAUAAAAACAAACUAGAAGAUAU